AUGACGACUUCGCGCUGGUGGCUAUAUGUCCAGGCGGUCUUCUGGCGUUGUCUGAUGCGCCUGGGCAUGAUCUUCCAUAACAUUCCGCAUCCACGGCCUCCGAGUCCAUCGUUCUCGCGCUCCUUCCCGUCCGGCUCGUCGAAAGUGGUUUUACAAUUCUACUGUCCACCGGGUUACUCUCAGACCCGUAAGGAGGGCCGUCGGCUGCCGGUGGUCGUCAACUUUCACGGAGGCGGAUUUACGCUCGGAGGUCCGUCAGACGACUCCAGAUGGGCGCAGGCCGUCUUAUCCGAGGUUGGCGCUGUCGUCGUUAGCGUGGGCUAUCGCCGGGCGCCCGAGCAUCCGUUUCCCGCCGCGGUCGACGACGGAGUUCUAGCCCUGCAGUAUCUGGCCAGUCACGCGGUGGAGUUAGGCCUGGAUAUCUCUCGUAUUGCCCUCAGCGGAUUCUCCGCCGGAGGCAAUCUGGCUGUAACCGUGCCUCUGCGUUUUCGGGAUAUGCUGAUUCAAGCGGAACACGAGGGCUGGCUGAGCCGCGCUGACUCUACUGUCCAGCUGGUGUCUCCGACUGCGAGUGACUUGCAUAUUGUUGCGCUCUUCUGCUGGUACCCAAUCCUCGACUUUGAGGAGCCCCGUGAGCAUCGUCGUGCAAUGAGCAUCGAACCCAACAAGACACUUCCGUCUUUCUUCACAAACCUCUUUGACGAAUCCUACCUCCCAGAUCUUGAGCAGCGAAAGUCGCCGUAUGCGUCGCCUGUGCAUGCCACAGACGACGCGCUGCGCGAUUCUUUGCCCCACGAUAUCUUCUUCUUCAUCUGCGAAUGGGAUAUGCUGCUAAACGAAGGCCAGUUGUUUUGCCGUCGACUGCAGGAUAUCAACAAGCACGUGCGGGCAAUGAUGGUCGAGAAGGCGCGGCAUGCUUGGGACAAGUCGCCCAAUCCCUUCCGCAAUACCACGGAAGUGAACAUUCUCUAUAAAGACGCUUGUGCUGACAUGAAAGCAAUUUUUGAGAAGUAA